AGGCCUUGCAGGAUCGGAAGCAUGCUAGGAAAGAGGCGACGGCAGAUGCGGAGGAAAGAGUGGCAAACAACAAGAAGGUGAUUUCCAAUGUUGAAAAUCAAAUCGAAGAAGACUCAAAGUUUUUGGCAGAUGUGAAGUCAAAGUGCGAAGUGAUGGACAAGGAAUGGGACCAGCGACAGCAGACUCGAAACGAGGAAGUGAGCGCCAUUGCCAAAGCCUUUAGCAUCAUUAAAGAAUCUGCCUACGACCUGGUGCAGGAGCGUGCAGAUGUGCCUAGACGCAAGACGCCUACCUUCUGGAGUCGCUUCAGCUUGUUGCAGGAAUCUUCCACUUCUGUCACAUCCCAGCAGCUGGUGGAUGAGCUGCUGGAGGCCGGAAGAAACUACGACCUGCGGCUGGUCACGCUAGCCAUGCGGGCAAAGAUCGACUCCUUCACGGAUGUUAAAGAAUCGAUUGGCAACAUGAUGCAAUCCCUCAAGCAGGAGCAAAGUGAUGAGGUGAAGCAGCGUGCAUUUUGCACUGCACAAUUGACUGACAAUCAGAAGGUCGUGGAGGAGAAGAACCGGACAAAGCAAAUCCAGACGGCGGAUGCCAUGCAGAUGGAGGCCGAAAUCCAGAAUGCUGCCAGCCAAGCCAGCGCUUUACAGAAAGACAUUGACGAGCUUCUCGUCCAAAUCAAGCUCGCGAGUCAAAAUCGCGAAAAGGAGAAUCACGAGUUCCAGACUCUGAUUGCGGAGCAGCGCGAGAUGAAGGCUUCAUUGAAGCAGGCGCUGUCGGUGCUGCAGGGCCUGUAUGCCAGCCAAGGCGGAAGCCUGGUGCAAACAGAGCUAGAUCAGCCAGAAGGUCUUGGCUACAAGAGAAGCUCCGGAGGUCAAGGCGUCUUGGCCAUGAUGCAACAGCUGAUCAAGGAUUCCGAGGCAAUGGUGGCGGAAGCCAUGGAAGCAGAUCAGACAGCUCAGAAGAGCUUUGAGGCCUUCGCAGCUGAGACGAAUGAUGCCGUCAAGGCCAAGAAGGAUGGCAUUGAGAAACAGAACGAGCAGAAAGCCGCGCAGGCCGUGCUGCUCGCGGAGACUUCUGACGCGAAGCGAUUGACUUCCUCGGAGAUCCAGCAACUGUUGACCAUCAAAGAGCAGCUGCACGAAAGCUGUGACUUCCUGCUUGCCCAGUUUGGUGUGCGACAGAAGGCACGAGGAGAGGAGAUCGAAGCUCUGAAGCGUGCCGUUAGCAUACUUUCUGGCUGAUGGAAGUCUGGCAACUGGCAACUGUCUUACCA